CCAAUCCCGGGGCCCCCACCUCACUCCCUGAUACAUGAGGAAAUGGAUGAACAGAAGAUCCUAGAACUCAUCAACAAGAUGAUGGAGCUGCUGACUGGAGAGGUUCCUAUAAGGUGUCAGGACGUGGCGGUCUAUUUCUCCAUGGAGGAGUGGGAGUAUGUAGAAGGACACAAGGAUCAGUACAAGGAUCAGGUCAUGAUGGAGGAUCAGCAGCCCCUCACAUCACCAGUCAGAUCCAGUAAGAGAACAGCACCAGAGAGGUGUCCCCGUCCUCUUCUUCCACAGGAUGAUCAGGGUGAAGAUCUGAAUGAUAUUAAUGCUAUAGACAAAGUAGUAAAAGACAAGACAGAUGUGAGCGGUGAUGAGCAGUAUAAGGAGGACAUCCCUACAGGUAACCACCCAGAUUCUUGUAGCAGGAGAUCAGAGGAGAAUCUUAUAUCUUCAGAUUAUAAAGCAGAUGAUGAUAUCACACAAGAUACAUAUGAAGAACAUUCCAUUAUCCCAGAUACACCCUCAGCCCUUCACAGCCAAGAUCUGUCAUCUCAUCCUUAUAUACAGGUCCUGUCUUCUCAUUCAUCACAGGAUGUUAAGAAAAGUGGUGUUGAAUAUCAAAAUGCGCAGACAAGGGAAAAGACAUAUCCAUGUUCAGAAUGUGGGAAAUGUUUUAAAGACAAAUCGAAUCUUGCCAGACAUCAGAGAACUCACACAGGGGAGAAGCCUUUUUCAUGUCCAGAAUGUGGGAAAUGUUGCUCUCAGAAAUCAGAUCUUGUUAAACAUAUGAGAAUUCACACAGGGGAGAAGCCGUAUUCCUGUACUGAAUGUGGAAAAUGUUACAGCGUCCAAUCACAUCUUGUUGUACAUCAAAAGACUCACACAGGAGAGAAGACGUAUUCUUGUUCAGAAUGUGGGAAAUGUUUCCCUGUGAUAACUCAUCUUAUUGAGCAUGAAAGAGCUCACCGAGGGGAGAAACCAUUUUUAUGUUCAGAAUGUGGAAAAUAUUUUUCUCAGAAAUCACAUCUUAUAAGACAUCAGAUAACUCACACAGGGGAGAAGCCUUUUUCAUGUCCAGAAUGUGGGAAAUGUUGCUCUCAGAAAUCAGAUCUUGUUAAACAUAUGAGAAUUCACACAGGGGAGAAGCCGUAUUCCUGUACUGAAUGUGGAAAAUGUUACAGCGUCCAAUCACAUCUUGUUGUACAUCAAAAGACUCACACAGGAGAGAAGCCGUAUUCUUGUUCAGAAUGUGGGAAAUGUUUUACAUUGAAAUCCACUCUUAUUAGACACCAGAGAAUGCACACAGUGGAGAAUCCAUUUUCAUGUUCGGAAUGUGGGAAAUGUUUUACUGUGAUAUCACAACUUAUAGAACAUCAAAGAAUUCACACUGAAGAGAAGCCAUUUUCCUGUUUUUCUAUGGGAGGGGGCGUGAAGUAUGGAAAGAUCAUGGGAAAGUGGACAAAGGCUGAGGGCAGAGAUCCUGCACCAAAUGAACCCACAGUUUCAUUUUGGCGUUAUCAAGAACACGGGCAUGGACAAAAAUUCCUUAUGGAACCUGUUGGCAAUACUGGAGGUGGUAAAGCCACUUCUAAACACAUGCAUAUUACCUUCCAUAGAUGUGACAAUCCUAUCCCAGAUGACUAUGCCGACUGUUACCUUUGUCGGCCAAACCCCAUGGAUAUUGAUGAGCCAACUAUCAGGGAUGUCGUCAUGUCCAAGAGACCUAGGAAGGAUUCUUUCUUGCCCUUAGGGGAGGAGUUUACAGUAGUUGAUAAGGCUUACCCUUCAACCGAUUCUAAGGAGGAAAUGCUUUCUUCCCAUACUCUCUUUCCCAUAGAGAGAAUUCAAAAGCUAACUAAGCUUGUUCAGACUGAAGGUCUGUCAGGGAAUGAAGAGGCCCCUUCUACCUCUAAGGGACCUAGAGUUUUUUCUUUGGAUGACGCCAAAAAGGCUCUUAUAAAUAGGGAGUUCAAGAAUCCAGAAAAGGCUCCUGUGCUCGCCAAGAGUUCCGGGUUCUGCCAUUCGGAAUAUCAACAGCCCCCUUUGUUUUUCCACCAUGAUGGCAAUCUUACGCUAUUAGCAGAGUCAGAAGACAUAUUAAAAAGUCAUAUAGAGAUAACUCUCGGGCUACUAAACAGUCUAGGCUGGAUAGUCAAUUUGGAGAAAUCUCAUCUUUCCCCAUCCACCGCAGGAUCCUUUCUUGGUUACAUCAUCGACACAAUUCAGAUAACUUCACCAGGUCUCUAUAAGAACUUUAAUGAAGGUCUUAGGACUGAUGUCAUCUACAACAGAGACUGUUCCAUGGGCUUUAUGGCACCUGAGACCUCUACAGACGGAAAUUCUCAGCCAUUGGAACAGAUAUCUUUCCAGUAUGGACACCAGGAUGACCAAGUCCUCGUCAGUCCGGCGCUCCCUAGCUUAGUGGACAUGCCUGCAAGAUGGUGCGCGAUUGGAUCAUACUUACCACAGAUGCAUUGGGGAACUCAGAAUGUAGUAGCAGACUGUCUUUCUAAAAACCUGGUCAUUCUGCGGGAAUGGUUGCUGGAUCCUCUAGUAUUUCAACACCUGACCAGGAUGUGGGGCACUCCGGAGGUGGACCUGAUGGCCACAAGAAGCCUCGCAAAACUCAAGAGAUGCCAUGACUAUCCAUUGGACCUUCAGUCUAGCUUAUGUGUUUCCUCCUGUGCCCAUGAUCCCGAGAGUGUUGAGGAAGAUCAAACAGGAUCAGGUCUCAGUAAUAGCAAUAAUGCCAUUCUGGCCAAAGAGAUCCUGAUUUGCCCAACUCAUAAUGAUGAUUCGAGGAACAUAUUGGACUCUUCCUCUCAUACAGAAUCUAGUGUCAAAAGGGACACAGGUCUGUCACAGCCUCAGGUUAUACAAUCUGACGGCAUGGAGGUUGAUCGUACCCUUUUAGUAGCCAGGGGCUAUUUAGAAAAGGUUUUAGACACACUUGCCCACUCAUGGAGUGAGGCUACCAAUAGAUCCUAUGCCAACCCUGAAAUUUUUGAAUUUCUUCAGGAUGGGUUUGAUAAGGGUCUGUCGUCAAUUUUAAAGAGGCUUUUGGAUCACCAUUUUGAACCCAUUCAAGAGAUCAAUAUGAAGCUUCUCUCCUUAAAGAUGGCUUUUCUUUUGGCUAUUACUUCAGCCAAGAGGCUUCUAAAUAAGAGAAUUCUCCUGGAUGACCCAUCAACCAUGGAGAGAGACAGGAACAAGAUGGCCGACAGGAUCAUAAACCUCACCCUACAGAUACUCUUCCGGCUUACUGGAGAGGAUUACACAGUAGUGAAGAAGUCCUCUAGUGGGCGCUGUCGGGCCCCUGUGUGUGAAGAAUGGGGAAGAACCCUGAGCCCAAUCCCGGGGCCCCCACCUCACUCCCUGAUACAUGAGGAAAUGGAUGAACAGAAGAUCCUAGAACUCAUCAACAAGAUGAUGGAGCUGCUGACUGGAGAGGUUCCUAUAAGGUGUCAGGAUGUGGCGGUCUAUUUCUCCAUGGAGGAGUGGGAGUAUGUAGAAGGACACAAGGAUCAGUACAAGGAUCAGGUCAUGAUGGAGGAUCAGCAGCCCCUCACAUCAGCAGAUUCUUGUAGCAGGAGAUCAGAGGAGAAUCUUAUAUCUUCAGAUUAUAAAGCAGAUGAUGAUAUCACACAAGAUACAUAUGAAGAACAUUCCAUUAUCCCAGAUACACCCUCAGCCCUUCACAGCCAAGAUCUGUCAUCUCAUCCUUAUAUACAGGUCCUGUCUUCUCAGUCAUCACAGGAUGUUCAGCAAAAUAAAAGGAACAUAAGUAGUGUUGGACAUCAGAAAGAUUGUGCAAAGGAGAAGCAAUAUUCAUGUUCAGAAUGUGGAAAGUGUUUUACCCAGAAGUCAAAUCUCAUGAGACAUAAGAGAAGCCACACAGGAGAGAAGCCAUUUUCAUGUCCAGAAUGUGGAAAAUGUUUUCCAGAAAAAGCAAAUCUUGUUAAACAUAAGAAAAUUCACACAGAAAAUAGGCCAUUUCCAUGUUCAGAAUGUGGGAAAUGUUUUACAGAAAAAGCAAAUCUUGUUAUACAUCAAAGAAGGCACACAGGGGAGAAGACAUUUGUAUGUCCAGAAUGUGAAAAAGGUUUUACCCAGAAAACAGAUCUCGUUAGACAUCAGAGAAUUCACACAGGAGAGAAGCCGUUUUCAUGUUCAGAAUGUGGAAAGUGUUUUAGCCAGAAAUCAAAUCUUGAUAUACAUAAGAGAAGUCACACAGGGAAGAAGGCAUUUUCAUGUUCAGAAUGUGAAAGAUGUUUUACUGGAAAAUCAUAUCUUGUUCAACAUAAGAAAUUUCACACAGAAAAUAAGCCAUUUCCAUGUUCAGAAUGUGGGAAAUGUUUUACAAAGAAAUCUAAUUUUCUUACACAUAAGAGAACUCACACAGGAGAGAAGCCGUUUUCAUGUCCUCAAUGUGGCAAAUGUUUUACAAAGAAAUCAAAUGUUGUGAAACAUAUAAAAAUUCACACAGAAAAGACAUUCCUAUGCUCAGAAUGUGGGAAAUGUUUUACAAAAAAAUCUGAGCUCGUUGGACAUCAAAGAACUCACACAGGAGAGAAGCCAUUUCUAUGUGCAGAAUGUGGGAAAUGUUUUAAAAAGAAAUCAAAUCUUGUUAUACAUCAAAGAAGGCACACAGGGGAGAAGUCAUUUAUAUGUUCAGAAUGUGAAAAAUGUUUUAUUGAGAAAGCAGAUUUGGUUAAACAUCAGAGAAUUCACACAGGAGAGAAGCCAUUUUCAUGUUCAGAAUGUGGGAAAUGUUUUAUUCUGAAAUCAAGGCUGGUCAGGCAUAAGAGGACUCACACAGGGGAGAAGCCAUAUUUAUGUUCAGAAUGUGGGAAAAGUUUUACUACCAAAUCAAACCUCUUUACCCAUCAAAGAAUUCACACAGUAAAGACAACAAUUUAGUCUUCAGUUUGUGGGAAAACAUUUUCAUGAAAAUCAAAUUUGUUUCCCAUCGAACUUACAGGUGAGAGAAGACAUUUGGGAGGGAGCGUGAUGGCCCAUAGACUUUUAUUUUGUGAAAAAUUCCAAAAUAUUGUAAAAAAUUGGAAAAUGGAAAUCAUUGUUCGGUAAAAAUGAUGCUUUUUUUUAUUCUGUGGGUGGGUACGAUUAUGUUGAUACCCGAAUGAUGUCGCUUUUUUAUGUUCUUUUUCCUUUUCUUUACAAAAUCCUUUUUUUCGCCUUUUUUGUGUUGUCAUGUUCUGACAGCCAUAACUUUUUUAUCCACUUUAUCUACUUUAUUUUUGUCCAUUGUGUGAGGGAUUAUUUUUUGCGGGACAAGCUGUACUUUUUAUCGGUACUUUUUUGCGAUUCAUGCUGCCUUUUGAUCUUUUUUAUUUCAAGUCAUUAUGUUUAGGUUUGGGUGUUUUUUUUGGGUGGGUGAUAAUAUAGGAAAAGACAUAUCUCCUGCACCCCACUCACCUCUAUUAGGUGUAUAUAAGGUGCCUUGGAUGUUUCAGACCUUGCAAUGCCUGCUGUACUGUUCACACAGAGGCAUAUUCAUAGUGUAGGGUCCGUCCCAGAAUGAGGUCACCUUACCGUGGUGGGACGGUCCACGCUAUUUGGUGCCAAAUUUGCAAGCUAAGUACCUCAUAAUUUCAUAGUUCCAUAUUUUCAUUUAUUGCACUACAGCUGUAUAGCUUUUCAUGUUCUAUCUAUAUACUCAUGUUUUAUCUAUAUACUCAUGUUUCAUCUAUAUCUCUGUGCUAGCAGUGUGCUGCUGUAUUCUCCUGUUGCUAUAUAUAUAUAUAUAUAUAUAUAU